CAUGGCGGCCCCCGGGGCCCUCAGCGCGGCCCCGCGCCGCGCCCGGCCCGGCCGGCGGGGAGGGACACGGCCCUCUGCAGCCAUGAGGGGCUUAUGGCGUGUCCGUGUAUAGAUACACGUGUGCUUGCGUGUGUAUAUCUAUGUGUCUGUGCGCCUAAGUACGCGCACGCAGGUGUGCGCGCAGGGCUCGGUGUGUGAACGCCCUCAGACAGGGAAAUCGGGAUGUGCCAGCAAAACCUCCGCUGGUUGUCUGGUGUCCUGUGUGUUUCCUGUCUCUGCUGCCACUGCAGGAAGCCAGGGCGUUGUUGUUUCCUGCCUGUUGGAGAUGCAGUGUUCUCCGGUGAAGUUAUCCUUGGGGAAUUGUGGGGGUGUCGGGCACAGAGGAGCUGCUAGUGCGGAAAAAUCGUGCUUGCCAUUGGAAAGCAGUUGUUACAAUUAGAACUGGUGAGCAGAAGACUUGUUUUUAAUGAAAUAUCCGGUAUGUGCUGAGAAACAAAUCAGAAAACACAGCCAAAAGCUAAUGUCGUCUGAAACACACACGGACAGUCCAGAGGUGCCAAUGGAAAAUACCCCGUUCCCUGAAGUUCCUGAUGUGGAAGGAAAGGCAAAGUCAAAUGACAAUCCACUAGAGAGACUGGAGGCGGGCUCAGGCAAGGAAGAAUGCCUUGAGUCCAUGUCCAAGAGGCAAAGGAAGAAGCUGUUGAAGCAGAAGCAGUGGGAAGAACAGAAAGAUCUACGGAGGCAGAAACGAAAAGAAAAACGCCAGAAGAGAAAACUAGAACGUCAGUCAAAAUUGGAUUCCAGUAGUGAGGGGAAUGACAGAAAGUGCAUGCGCAGGGAAGUUGUUCCUAGCACGCUUCGCCUCAUUGUGGACUGCAGCUUUGAUGACCUGAUGGUGUUAAAGGAUGUGAAGAAGCUUCACAAGCAGAUUCAGAGAUGUUACGCAGAAAACCGCAAGGCAUUUCAUCCUGUGCAGUUUUACUUGACCAGCCAUGGGGGACAGUUGAAGACCAACAUGAACGAAAAUGACAAAGGAUGGGUGAAUUGGAAGGAUAUCCAAAUUAGAUCAGAGCACUAUAGUGAGCUAAUAAAGAAAGAAGACCUAGUAUAUCUUACCUCAGAUUCCCCAGACGUUCUCAGAGAGCUUGAUGAGAAGAAAGCCUAUGUGAUUGGAGGACUGGUGGAUCACAAUCACCACAAGGGAAUUACUUACAGAAAAGCUGUAGAGCAGGGAAUUGGUCAUGCACACCUGCCACUUGGAAACUUUGUCAAAAUGAACAGUCGGAAAGUGUUAGCUGUCAAUCAUGUAUUUGAGAUCAUCCUUGCAUACCUGGAGAAGAGAGACUGGAAGGAGGCCUUUUUCAGUGUCCUGCCACAGAGGAAAGGGGCUGUUCCUUUGGGAGAAGCCAAUGAUUCAUCCAAACAUGCUCUGUCUGGAAAAGAAGAUGAAGACAAUGACUCGGACAGCAACUAGGCUUCAGAACUGGAUGGUGGGAAACAUGAGACAUGCAGUUCGUUGAAUAAAACUGGGCCAUGAAGUAGUUUUACUUCAAAGACCAUCCGCAGCCCUUGUAAUGCUGAAUUGUCUCUGUGCUCAGUAGUCCCAGAGCUGUUUCUGUGCAUGAAGGGUUAAGUUAAAUUCAGGUUUUUACCCUGAAACAUCAAUAUAAUAGCUUUUUAAAAAGAGGAAAAAAAAAGGAAAAUGCAGCAUUGCUUUUUUCCCAGGGAAGCUGUUAAGUUUUUAAAUAUUAUUUUUUAUACAUACCGUGUUGGUUGUAAAUGCCAAGAGCAUUAGUAGUUAAUAUUUUAAUGUAUACAUUCUUGUCUUCAUUUCUGUUCAAAAGUUUUUUUUAAAAGCAAUGAAUGACAAGUGUUCCUUUGGUUCCAAAACCUGUACCACUAGUGCCUGCUGCAAAGUGUGCAUGAGCACUCAAAACAAAAAUUCUGAUUUUCCUAAGCAUCUCAACAGACAAUCACAAGCAACUGAACCACCUGAUUUAUAUAUUGUGUUUAGUUAGCUGGGGUCAGUAGGUGAAGUAUGAAUGUGGGGUUAAGCCAGUGCUUUAUACUUGAGCUUAACAAUGGGUGUUAGCACAGGUGCAAAUCAUGUGCCUUGAUGGGCACAUGGUGCACACUGAAGUGACUCAAUCACUUUUGAUUAUUUCUUCAUGUUCUCAGCAAAAUUUAUCACACAGCCUCAGAACACCAGGAGAGAGGAACUCUUCCUUACAGGUCACUCAGAUUCAGUAUUACUGUGUAACCACAGGAUCCUGUAUGUAUUGUAUUGUCUAUCAAAUAUUUUUCCUUUAAAAAAAAAAAGUCACAAUCUUAGUCUUGGCUGGAUGUUCUGAUUCAUCAGCUGACUUCAGUGCUGUGACAAAGUAGUGGACAUCUUGGAAGUGAGGCUUUGCUGCAGCCCUGUGAGCCUGCCUAUCCCUUCUCAAGGAAGUAGCCAGGUAGCUGCAGUGCCUGAAUAAGUGCAGCUCUCACACAGGUUUCUCAUGCCUGAAGAGCAUGAGGUCAUGGCAUCCUAAGUGUUCCUCUCUGCUGAGCUGCAGUCAGAGGGCUGAUUCAAGUAUGAUUUGCCUUGUGCCCAUUUUUCUCCUUUUCAUUGUUACUGCUUUCAAAUGGAGACUGCAAGUGGGAUCCCUGUGGGUCCCUAUGGUAUGUAAAGGCUUGGCACCCAACUGGUAAUGACUUAAACGCUUAGUGCACUUCUCUCUACACUUUCUAAAAGGCCAAUAGAAAAAUUUCUUCUGUCAAAAGGAUGGAUUGUGGUUUGUUGCUAAACUUCCACAGGGCUUUUCUUAGGCUUUACAAAACUUAGAUUGCUUUGUUGCCAAAACUAGAUCAGCCUUUUCACAAAAACAUUGCUGGUUUUAUUUCUGUAACAAAAAAAGGCAGCAUAAGUGUAUCCAGCAUGUAUUACACUAAUUCUCUAACUGAAAUGUGUAAAAUUGCAAGGAAUUACACCUUUACAGCUGAGAGAACCUCAUAUUAAUGCAAGUAGCACCUACUAAACCUGAUCUAAGACUCCUCAGUCUGUCCAAGGUUUCCUUAAGACUAUUUCAUACAUGUGCCUCAUUGACUCAGGCUUGAGAGUGUAGGAGCAGAUGGCUCAGACAAACUGGGGACUUUUAGAGACAUGCUGAAAGGGUUCCAAAGCAUCUUACAGAACUGUUGUACAACUCAAAACACAGCCUUACAACUUUACCAGUGAAGUUAGAUACACACACCCACACACAUACCGGUGUUUUUAAAUCCAGCUAUUUAAAUCAUACCUGUCUAUGGUGAAAUAGAAGGAAAACACGGUCUGGGGUGUGUUGCUAUUCAGAGGCUGCUCAUGCCAGCUGCCCUGUGUCACAACAGCUCAGUGGCUGCUGCCUGUACAUCCACAUUGUUUAUCUCACCCACACAAUGGGGUCUUCCUGUCCCCCAUCAUAAGAAGUGUGGCCAGCAGCUCAAGGGAGGUGAUCCUCCUGCUCUGUUCUGAUGAGACCCCACCUGGACUGCUGUGGCCAGAGCUGGGGCUCACGACACAUGAAGCCCAUGGACCUGUGUUUGAGCAAGUGCAGAGGAGGCCAUGAAGAUGCUCACAGUGCUGGAGCACCUCUCCUGCAGACAGGCUGGGGGAGCUGGGGCUGUUCAGCAUGGAGAAGAGAAGGCUCUGGGGAGACCUUACAGCGCCUUCCAGUACCUGAAGGGGGCCUACAGGAAAGUUGUAGAGGGAGUUCUCACAGGGACAGGUAGUGAUAGGACAAGGGGGAGUGGUUUUUAACUGACAGAGGGUGGGUUUAGGUUAGAUAUUAGGAAGAAAUUCUUCACUGUGAGGAUGAGGAUUUUAAUUGUUUUUCAUUUUAGAUUUACAAAUUGUAUACAAGUUACAGCCCUGUUUGGCACUCUGGUGUUCUAGUUUGUGGCAUGCUACUUAAGAAAGCACAUUUAUUCUUCAUUUUCAAGCUACAAACCUGGCUGUUCUCAGUAUUGUCAAGAUGGUUACUUGCAUGUUUCAGGCAUGGCCCACUAAUGCAUUACACUGGAAGCCGAAAUAAAUCACUGUACUGUUUUAUAAUAAGACAAGGAAUUUGUUUCUGGUAACAGAAAUAAAUAUUUACAUGCAGUGCUUUAGGGCACUUCUUACAGAAAGACCUUUCUUUGAACCAGCUUUAGCUGUAUGAAGUUAAUGAAGCUGUAGGAAAACACACUGGGAAGUUUUCUGCUUCACCCCUUCCUCAGGGAAGAUCAGCUCUGACAUGCUUGUCUAACCAAGACUUAGAGACCUCUAAUGUGAUUUGUUCCCGGGCCGCGAUGUUGAAGGAGAGAACAUUAAAAAGACAAUCUGCACAGAAGCUCUAGAAGAACAGGAUCCCUGUGUUUCACCACCAGACGUCAUUGCUGAGCUUAGGAAAGCUCUGACUUUCAUCACUAAGCUUUGUAAAGUUUCAGGUACUGCCAGAACUAUUGCUCAGCAAUGCUGGGCAGCAGAAUACAUCCAGAGAUCUUUAAACCUGUGUAGCGUAAAGUAUUAAAAAGGCAAUAAAGAAGGCAUGGCUCAAGGAACCUGAAAAGAAAGAAAAGAAAAUAGGAAGGGGAUAUGGCAGAAAGUCAAACUUUCUGACUGAAAUGUGCAAACUUUCUUUUAGUUGCAUGCAGUGGGGAGGUCACAGCAAGGUGCCAUAAGUAAUCCUGUUGUUUUGUUCCCUUCCCACUGACCCACAAUCCCCUUGGUUCAGAUUUCUGAAGUCAGGAACCUCAGCAGUGUUUAUGUGCAUCCAUGUUGUGACAAUUUCCCAAACACUGUACUGCUACAGGUUACUGUACUUGCCCCCUUCUUGUCCAUUUCCUGGAUUCAGGUCAAUUUGUCUUUGCUUUGGCUUCCACAGGUCCCAUGUCAUAAUAUAUGACCCUAUGUUUGCUUAUGGAGCAGUAGUGUUUGAUUCUAGACAUGACUCUGCAGAAGAGCAUCUGAAUAUACAAGAUCCUCUCUGAACUGCCCCAUCUCAGAGGGUUUUGGUCACAAAGUUGACAACACACUGGCAUGCUGCACAGGGGUGUAGCUGUCCAAGGGGAUCCACACUGAUGGUUAUUCCAAAAUCCUGUGUGCAUGACAAGGCACAUGCACUCAGGGCAGUCUUGGGGCAAUGUGACUGCCACAGGAGAGCAGGAUGUGGCAUUCCUAAAUCCUUAGAGUUUGAGGAUAAGGUCAGGGGAGUUUGAAGAGUCCAGUGUUUCUUUGAUUUAAACAGAGCUUUCUAUUGCUCAGGCUGUGCUGUAGAUCACACUGAAGAUCACAGGUUCAUAUUAUUGUAAGGUAUCCAUUUAUUCUGCAGGAGGGUUUUAAAAUAAGCUAUCAGUAUGUACACAUUCUUCUUACCAUAAGUUAUUUUGAAAAGCAGAGAUAGACUUCAGUGUGACUUCCAAAUCUAAAGCUGAAUAAACUUUGACCCAUCUUUGAA